AUGCGAGUCCCUCUCGAGAUUAUCCAGCUCAUCCUACAAGAAGCGGUCGAUGUCCUGUCCUAUCGAGACAUUCUGCAGUUUAGACUCGUCAAUAGCUUCUUCAAUGAAGCCCUGUGGCCACCGAGCGCCUAUUUAGAAAAUAAGACAGCUCUUUACACGUUGUGGCCUACGUUUCCUUAUAGGCGGAAAUAUAUCUGGCAAUUGAUAGAAGAACAUAAGGAACGACCGUGUUUCUUCUCAGAGUUGAUUCGAGACAUCCUGGAUCUACCACAUGUCUCACUAAUGAGCGAUGAAAACCAGCAUAUCCUCAUUGAGAAAAUGAUCGACGCUGUGAUGCGGAGUCGCGAGGAUCCCAAGACUUUAUUUAGCCCCCAUCGCUAUCGAGCACAUGUUGGUCAUAUCACUGACGACUCCGGUAGGCGGAUCGAGUCCUCAGAAAAGACGCUUACCAUGGGGCUUGCCUCUAGCGCAAUCCUCCGGGGGGAUCAUGUGGAGCUGCAGGCGUUACUUGAUCAAGAUGUUUGGGUUGGGGGUUGGAGUCGUAGUCUUGGUAUGGUGCCGGUGGAUCUGGCAUAUAAAGAGGGCACGCGAGAGAUCAUCCGGACGCUGGUAAAGGCUCAUUGUCCUUCAUAUUACCAGAGUUGCUUUUGGUGGUCUCACGAUAACUCGUGCAAAGUGGAGAUGGUUGAAGUGUUGGAGAAAUACCUGGAUAAAUCGAGACUGGAGGUGCAGUGGCUUUGGUUUUAUUGUUUUAAUGAGGCCAUCAGGAGCGGGAUGUUAGAUGUGUUGCGGUGGCUUCUACGUCGCGAAGGGUCUUCUCUCGCGAAAUGGCCCUCUCCGUGGCAUAAAACACCGCUAUUCAUCGCACUUCACGACUGUCCCUCCUGGAUAAGAUUGAAAAUGGUUCAAUUAUUGCUGGAACACGGUGUGGAUCCCAAUGGAAAUGGUGGCCUUGAGAUCUCACAGACUCCACUGCAGCGAGCCAUCGAAAAUGGAGAGAUAGACAUCGCAAUGCUACUUUUGAAAUGGGGUGCCAACCCAAAUACCGUUGCAAAAAGAAUUGCACCUUUGCAUAUGGCCCAUCAGCGGGGAUAUGUACCAUUGGUACGAUGUUUGUUUGAACACGGGGCCCGACACAGCUACCAAUUCAAGGGAAAGAGGUACAUUGUGCGACACGAAACGAUUGUGCUAGAGAACAUUGCGACGCUGCUGGAGGAAUUGGGGGUCGACAAGGCGCUGAUCCAUGAACAGGGGUUGGAAUAUUUCAUUUUAGAUUAG